UGUCGGUGCUGUAGCUGAGUUUGAUCGCCAGGUGGCGAAGGUACGAGAGCUCAGUGUUUCACCUCCCGAAGAAGAAGGCGAAGAAGAAUUCUCAUCUCUGUGAAUAAUAAUAAUAAUAAUCCUUCAGGAUCAUUUAAGCUCUAAUUUUCUCCUUCUGUCUCAUUUUAUUUCUUUUCUCUUUCAUUCUGAGAGUUUGAGAGGAAAACAGACAGACAGACAGACAGACAGACAGACAGACAGAGAGAUAAAGGAUGUCUGAGGUGGAGUUAUCAUGCUUGGCGUGUGUAAAGAUGUUCCUGCACACUAGUGUGUAUCCACGCUGCAGUGUGAACGGGCUGCUGUUAGCACCUGCAGGAGGUGUGUGUGACGAAGGUGUGUGUGUGACAGACUGUGUCCCUCUACUGCACUCUCAUCUUCCACUGGCCAUGAUCGCUCAGCUUGCUCUCACACAGGUGGACAUGUGGUGUUCUCAGACGCAGCAGAGGAUUGUGGGAUAUUACCAGGCUAAUGCUAAUCUGUCUGACUGCAGUCCAACUGCAUGUGCUUUCAAAAUGGCAGACAAAAUCGUGGAGCAGAGCAGCAACGCAGUGUUACUGAUGAUCGAUGGAAAGAAAAUGUCACCUGGAUAUCGUGUUCCUCCGAUAGUGAUGUACGAGCAUAAAGACUCACGAUGGACCUUAAAAGACAAACACACUAUAAUGCUCCGCCAGUGGGAGGAAACCCGAGCAGUCACCGCUCAGUUACUGAACUCCGGGGAUCACACAUUGUUGGUUGACUUUGACAACCAUUUGGAUGACAUCACAAAGGACUGGACCAAUCAGAAACUCAAUGCUAAGGUCAUGGAGCUCGUCUGUCCAGCUAACGGCAGCAUGUAAACGUCAGUGUUGUUUAUGUGUCAGAGAAUAAACUCACUGUCCUUCUGAUGACCUAAAGUGCGUGAAAGAAAUUAUUUUUAAUAUUAUUUCAAAUUCAUUUAACAUUUCAAUCCAUAAAUGUAACUUUUUGUUCUUGCUGUUCAAUGUUUUUAGUUAUAAUUAAUACUUAUUCAUUAUGUCCUGUUUUUGUGUACAUUGAAAUAUUCUAAUGACUGAUUUUUAAAACCAUUCUAAAAUGUUUAUAUUUUAAUUAAUUUGUUUAUACAAUUAAUUGAUUUAAAUAUAUAAUUUUAUAUGUAUCGAUCUUUGCAUGUGUUAGGAAAAGCAAUAGGUAAAUUAUUAAAUGCCAGAGCAUUUACAUCAGUAUUAACUGGUGAAUUUGUGGUAAAAGAAUUUUUCUUGAUUUUAAAAUAAAAUUUUAUUUACA